GCGCUCUUGUCUAUGUCCCACUGGCAUCUCCUUCUUGCUCUGAGCGGGGGUGCUCGAAUAACUCAGAAUGGGUGUCAAAUCUCUGUGGGACCUUCUUUCGCCUGUUGGCAGGCCUGUCUUGCUUGAGACGAUGGAAGGCAAGGCCAUGGCCAUCGAUUCGAGUAUUUGGAUAUACCAGUUUCAAGCUACUAUGCGCGAUAAAGAAGGUCGUGCGCUCGUCAAUGCACACCUUGUUGGGUUUCUCAGGCGGAUAUGCAAGCUUCUGUUCUACGGCAUCAAGCCUGUGUUCGUGUUCGAUGGAGGAGCACCGGCGUUGAAGAGGGCGACCAUAUCUGAGCGAAAGAAGAAAAAGAGCGGAGCGGCGGCGAGUCAUGUCAAGAUCGCAGAACGUCUGCUAGCAGCUCAGAUGCGCCGCGAAGCCCUCAAUCAUACGGUCGGGAGCUCGUCGAAGGGCAAGGGAAAGGCCGCUGGUCCCGUCACUAUAGACGAGAACACCGUGUUCCUCGAGGACAUCGACAGUUCGCUACCCAAGACCCCCGCUCGAAAGGAAGAAGUCCCGAACACUCUCCCUUCGUCCUCAUCGACUAAGAAGAAGAACCGAUGGCACGACCACGACCCAUACCGUCUUCCCGACGUCGACCUUGACGCCCGCGUUUCGUCCGCCACACGCUCCUCCGCUCCGGAUCCUCGUCUCGCCACGGAGGAAGAACUCCGUGAUUUCAUCGAAGAGAUGCGGCCUGAAGACUUCGACGUCUCUUCGCCCGCCUUUCGCGAGCUUCCGACCGAAGUGCAGUACGAGAUCAUCGGCGACUUGAGGUUAAAGUCACGGCAGACGUCGUAUAAAAGGCUGCAGAAUAUGUUGAAGAAGUCGAGGACGGCAUUGGAUUUUAGUAAGGAGCAGAUCAAGAACUUGAAGCAGCGGAACUCGUUGACGCAGCAGUUGCUUGUCACGACGGAUACCAUCGGACAGGCGCAUGUGUCUAUACCGAUACGAGUGGCGAGCGAGAGAAAUAGGGAGUAUGUCUUGAUCAAGAACGAAGGGAAAGAAGGCGGUUGGGUGUUGGGGAUUAGGGAGGAAGGGAGUUCGAGGGCGAAGCCGAUUGAAAUCGACCAGGAAGAUGUGAAAGCUAGGGCGAGAGAGAACGGGACCGAAAACAUGGGUGGCGCAGUCGAGGAUGAGGACAGCGAUAUGGACAUGGAGGAAGUCGAGAUCCCUCAAGCAGCCCCCAUGGACCCUGACCUCCGGGAAUAUCGACGGGGAAUGGCUUUGGCCUCUAUAUCUCGUCGUUCUAGUUCACAUACCCAUGCUAAACUCCCAUCCUUUCGAAAGUCGCCGUCGAAAUCUAAAAACCCUCCCAAGAAGAAACAAAGAAUCGAGUCGCGGCCGCGACCGCUUUUUGAACCUGAAGACGACGAACUUCCACGCGUCUCACUUGGUGCAGGAGAUGAAGACGAAGAUGCCACGUUUGAUGAAGACCCCGAGCUCCUCGCGGCGAUGCAGGAAUCUAUGGAAGUUGAGGAGGAAGCAGCUCUUCGACGGGCUCUCGAGGCUUCCAGAAUGUCAAUUGGGAACGCUGAUUCUCGUUCUAUGGACGCCACGUCUACCACUGACAGCGUUGAACUACCCGACGAUCUCAACACAACGGUCUCUUCGGAUGUCGACGAGGACCUGUAUGUUCCAGGACGUCUCGAGACGGCGCUCGCCAUUGCCGGUGCAGGACCGACACCGCAACGCUUAUCAUCGGUGUCCACACCUAGACGAUCAUCUACCUUGGGCAGCAUGAUCCCUGAGUCGUCUAUGUUCGGAAAACCUACACUGUUACUUUCGACCAGAAACAAGACGCCAACGAAGCCUGUAAACUUGCCAACCAUGGGGCCUUCGCGCUCUCCAGAUCUGCGGAGGACAUCUCCCUCUGCGACAGUCGUAGAAGAUGCACCCUUUGUAUUGGAGGAUUCGGACGACGAUCUCUACAUGGAGGAAGUUUAUGUCCCAGCACCCACGCAUAUGACCGCUGGAUUAUCCAUCGAACCUCAAAUGCCAGAUUCUAUUCGAAGAUCACAUUCACCACUUCCACCUCCAGUUGUUAUGGAUGAUUCAGACGAAGACAUGGAAGAGAUUGUUCCCAGUGUGCCUUUGCCUGCGCAGAUCCCAGCUGAUGACAUCGUCUCUCCGCAAGUGGCGCCCCUAACUGAACUUAUCGACUCAACCGCCCCAUCUACGGCUCCUUCUCGUAUACGCUUCGCUUCUCCUCCUCUGGUGGAAGCAGGGGAUAAUCCAUCAGAUUCACCGCUGGUACCAGAGCAUGAGGAGGACCUGUACGAAGAUACUGUCCUGAACGCACCGUCUACCCCCAUUCGUACCAUGUCUUCGACCCAACUAGGAGUGUCGAGCCAAAGUGGCACCGGUUCUACACUUCUACCACCUACACCGUCCGCAUCGAUUUCGAAACCCGCAGAAGAACCUGAUGAAUCCGACGAAGCUUUGACGGACUGGUCUCGCUCUCCUUCGCCCGUCUCGCAUCAAGCAUCCCAUCUUGACGUAAAUGCCAACGGGAACGGGAAUGAGCCAGUUCCCUCGAGCGCAACCCACACGAAGGAAGACAAUUGGGAUGCGGCGCAAGAGAUGGAUCCACAUGCUGAGGAGGGCGAGUUUGCCCGGUUCAUCUCGCAGGUGAAGGGAAAGGAUCUGGAUAGCGUGAGGAGGGAGAUCGACGAGGAGAUUAAGGGGCUGAACCAGCAGAGGAAGGCGGCGAUGAGGGACUCGGAAGAUGUGACGCAGCAUAUGAUCUCUCAAAUCAUGAUCAUGCUCCGUCUGUUUGGCAUUCCGUAUAUCACCGCGCCCAUGGAAGCCGAAGCCCAGUGUGCCACACUCGUCCAGCUCGGCCUCGUCGAGGGUAUCAUCACUGACGAUUCCGACGUCUUUCUCUUCGGCGGCCUGCGCGUCUUUAAGAAUAUGUUCAAUCAGUCUAAAACCGUAGAAUGUUUUUUGCUGUCCGACCUCGCGCGCGAGCUUGGACUGGAGCGGAAUAAGCUCGUGCAGUUGGCAUAUCUGCUAGGGAGUGAUUAUACGGAGGGUUUGCCAGGGGUGGGACCGGUGGUGGCGAUGGAGCUGUUGAAGGAGUUUCACGGGGAUGAUGCGUUGAGUGAUUUCAGAGAAUGGUGGGUGAAGGUGCAGAGUGGCAGAGAUAGGCCGGAGGAGAGCAAGAGCAAGUUCAAGAAGAGAUUUAAGAAGCGGUUCAAAGAUCUGUACCUUCCAGACGACUGGCCCAAUGCUGCCGUGAAAGAGGCAUAUUAUCACCCGACCGUCGACGACUCUGAAGAACCCUUCAAAUGGGGUCUUCCAGACCUCGACGGUCUCCGCAGUCUCUUCCAAGACGAACUCGGUUGGUCAUCUUCUAAAGUCGAAGAACUCCUCCUGCCCAUCAUCCAGAAAAUGAACAAGCGAGGUCAAGUCCAAGCUCUCAACCGACAAGGCAACCUCAACGAGUUCUUCGACGUUUCUGGUGGGAUGGGCAGCGCUGCGCCUAGGAAGAAACAGGCGUAUACGAGUAAGAGGUUACAACAGGUCGUGAGCGAUUUCAGGAAGGCGCAGAAGCAGAAUGCGGGAGAGAAUAAAGAAAGUGAUUCAGGAUCGGAGUCGGGGGCUCAAAGUGAUGGUGGAGAUGAGAAGGAUGGUGGGAAGAAGACGAACUCGAAGGGAAAGGGAAAAAACAGACAGAAAGCUGGUGGGAGUGCCACCAAUGGCGAUACCAGAGGAGGUGGAAGGGGACGGGGCAAAGGCAGAGGUGGCGCUGCCGCGAGAGGCCGCGGGAGAGGGAGAGGUGCCGCCACAUCCACCGCCAAUGGAUCUACAAGAAAACGCAAACGGGCUGCUAGUGCAUCAUCAAGUAACGACGACGGAGACGACCCGGAUUACGAAGGCGAUGCGGGCUCCAGAGGGGCAGGAUCUGCGAGCGGAUCGAAGGGUGCUGGUGGUUCAGAAGACGUGACGACACCUUCGAAACCCAGACCAAGGCCACGGCCGGUGAGGAAGGCGGCGGAGAAGGCGAAUGUGAGUGUGACGCGUACCGACGGGGCUGAGGAUGGUGCGGGUUCGGGUGGAGCUGCUGAUAGCGCAUAGUACCAGUGCCGUGAUGGCUUCGGGUUUGGCGGGAUGCGCAGGACCUUGAGACGAACGUUCGUAAGGGCUCGAGACAGGUGUAUCUUAGUCACGAAUAUUAUUGCUGUAUUUUUAUCCUCAUAAUGAUGCAUACGUCCUCCUGUAUACGCUCACAUAUAAAAGCUGCAGGCUG